AUGAGAUUUGUUAAUGGAAACUCUGAUACGGGAAUCAAAGCGGAAUAUCUCAAAAUAAUCGCUCGUGGAUUGCUUUCGGCCGAUGGUUGGAAUGGAGUAACCAAUUCGAAGAAGGGACGUACUGAAGGGAGAAAAGCUUAA